CUUGGGCCAAUGUUGAUGAAUCGUGCUUCAUUAUAAAGCGAGUCGUCGAUGAAAUCAUGGAUAAUCUCACGCGCAUCAGAACGUAUCUCAGUUGUCGAUCGUCGUAAUCUCCAGUGUUGUUUGAUUCCAUCACGAUCUUCGUGCCGAAUCUAGACACGAUGAUAAUGAUCCUGAGGGUAUAUGAAGCAGCCUGUUGCAGCUAGAGUCAUCGAGUUUCCAUCGAAACGCAUCAUGGCGAAUACGAGUAACGUACUCGCGGCAUUUGCCAUCGUCUUUCUGGCCUCUUUGUCUUUAAGUUCGGUUUUCGCUAAACACAAUUUGGAUACCCUUAAUACCUUUGAGAAGCGUCUCGACCACAAGUUACAACCACUUGUUCGCGAAAAGAGGCAGGAGAAUCCGGAAGCAGAAGGGUUUCAUCUGAAAAAUAAUAGUCCUUUGGAAUUGGAAGAGGAACUGUCCGAGCCGAAACCCGUCUACGAGAGAAGAGCGGUCUACGCGGAAGAGGCAAAGGAGGUCGGCCAGACAGGCCAGAAUGAUGAGAGAGAGAAGGAGGAAGAAAGGGAACAGGAGAAACCGAAUGCCGCGCCUGAAACGGUCAACGACAUCGAAGAGGAAGAGCAAGAUGCUCAGGAUGAUGUAUUUUCGUACAGGAGUAUGCACGAUCUCAUCCAAGCAUUGAUUCUCGCGGAUGAGGAGGACAUUGCUGAGAGACUGCAACAAUUGCGAGAGGUAAAGAAUGCUACGAGAUCCAAGACAUCCAGCAAUUUACUGAAACGUCAGGCAGUCGCGUCCGCGUCCGCAUCCGCAUCUGCAGCCGCGGCUGCACCGAGCGGCCUGCUCGGGGCGAAUCUGUGGGACGUCGUCCCUCUGGUUGAUCUAGAUGCUCACUCUUGCGAAGUCGAGGCCUUCUCACACGGUCAUUUGCACGUGUCAGGAACGAUCGUGCACGAAUUCUUUUGUGAACUGAGAAAAUUCUGGCAUUACGUCCUGAUCGUCCUGCGGAACUUGAGGUCCGAGCUUACCCUGGGACCGCUGAUAGCCGGAAACGUCGCCAGCGAUGGCAUCUCCGAUCACUGGUUUCAUCACACCUCACAUAUUCUCCACACCGUAAUCAGAGAACCCCAUCAUCUGCUGAUUCUGCCCGAUAUAAUCCGAGAUGCCGUACCAUUCUCCAGUAUCAUCGGAGCCAUUCACCGGGUCAGACAAGUCUUCUUCAAGGUGCUGCACUUUGGCCUCGAUCUUAUCCGCGGACACGUUCGUCACGUCUUCUCGCACUUGUUCUCUCAUGGCACCUUGCAUCUACGAGAAAGGCUGCAUCACUUGCGAGGAUUCGGCUCGAGCCUACCGCUGGAGGAGAUAGUCGCGAACCCGAUCGUAUCUACAGCGGCGACUGCGACAGCGACGGCGACUGCAUCCAGCGAUGGCUCGAUCAUCGUUCCGGACUAUCACAGAUCAUUGGCCGAAGUGCUGUCUUCGAUCCGCGGCUUCUACGACGGCUACCACGCGUCUGGACUACGUCACCUGAUUAGAACUGGCGUAAAGAGCUUCUCCGUGUCUUCGACGUUCUCCAGAAUCCGCUCGUACUUGUCGAGAAUACCUUUCCUUAGUCGCUUCGGGUGCGGAGUGGUCGAGCAGAGCACCACGGUGACGACAUCCAGCGCAUCCAGCGCAUCGAGCUCCGUUAGUACCGGUGGUCCGGUGGUAAGCCCGGUGAUAGAACCAACGAUAGUCCCGGUAGCACCCGUCGUUCCUGUCGAGACCGAGACUGCGUCCGCCACCGCCACUGCCACCGCAACUGUCGCCGAGACGCAGACUCCGGUGUUAUCCGCUGGACCGACGAUAGUUCCCUCGGUCAUUCCCUACGAAUCGAUCUCUUCAAACACGGCAGCUGCUGCGACAGCAACUGCAGCGGCGGCGGCGGCGGCGGCAUCGCCGGUAGUUUCAGGCCUCCAGGCUACUGCGCCUCUGAUACAACCGAUACCCACUCUGUCCCCGACGAUCCUUUCCAACACAAUAUCUGAAAGUAGUUCCGUGGCUGCAGCCGCAUCCGCCUCCGCCUCCGCAGCCGCGGCCGCUCCCUCAACCGCGAACGUCGUUGGACGAGUUGGACAACCGCUCACCCUGUCGUCGCGUAGAUACAGGCCUAGGCCGAUCCUGUCCACUGUCGCACCCGCACCCGUAGCCGCAGCCGCGGCCGCAGCUGCGAGCGCGUCCGCUUCCACGGGCACGGGCCGCAGCACCCUGCUCGAGCCAGCUCGAUAUCGUGGACUCGAUCUGGACAUUGACCGUAGAAUCAAGUAUCCACUGACCCAUUCGCGAAUCUUGCCCGCCACCUCGUCAGCCGCCGCCGCCGCAUCGGCUGCGACCUCCGUUUCCGACGGUUCUUUGUCGUCCGCCGCGGCCAGCAGUUCAACCAGCUCCGUUUCCCAGGGUGGCUUCAGCCUCGUCCUGCCCAGGGAGCAGAUAGUUGGCGCUCUGGGUUACGACUACCUACUGCCGGGCGACGUGAUCGCGGUCACCCUGAGGAACAAGUCGAUUCUGUUUGGCCGCGUGCUAGACACCACCAGCCCGAUCACAUUCAGCUUCCUCAGGCCGAAACUGCGUGCCUCCUUGCUCCGCCACGGUGGACGGGUCUGGAAUCUCCUGCCUAGAGACUUCAGGGAUCCCGAGUGCGCCCGGAAAUUCAACAAUCCUCUACUCCUGCGUUACGGCCUUUAGAUAUCACGCGCUACACCUAUCUCGUGCGACUAGUCCUCAAUCAUUAUCGACUACCGAAAUGUAUAAAACAAUUGUAAACGAUUUCGAUCGUGAAUAAAGAUGUGUCCUCUGAAAUUGA